GUGAUGAUGAUGAAGAUCUAAAAAUAUCUAUCUUUACGUGUCCACGUAAGCAGUAAACUCAAAGCCGAUAUUGCACUUUUUUCACUCUUUCCAAAAAAGGAAAACAGAAUAUUUUUUUUUCCAAAACUAGGCUAGACGAAUUUUCCGGCCUUCUUCUCCGAUCUCUGAUCCGAAAAUUUCUAUAACAUGUUGUUGUAGUUUGAGUUUCAAGAGGAAUUGAUUGAUUUUGGAAAGAAGAGAGAGUGUGGAAAGAAAUGGGGAAGGAAGUUAUUAGGAUGAGCGGUGACGACGACGAUGAACACGUACCGGAAUGGGAGACUGGAUUACCGGAAGGAGAUGAUUUAACUCCGUUAUCUCAAUCUCUAGUCCCGUCGAUUCUAGCGUUAGCUUUUAGUAUAAUCCCAGAACGGAGCCGUACGAUUCACGACGUCGACCGCGCGUCGCGAGUCACGAUCUCUUCGUUGCGGAGCAGUAGCAAUGGGAAUGGUUACUCGGCAGCGACGGAGGAUGUCGUAGUAGUAGUAGAUCGAGUUGGAUCGAGUAGUCAUGGAUCUGAUCCGAAGAAACAGAGGAGAUCAGACGGAGGUGGCGGUGAGGCUGCUGCGGUUGAUUCCAUGGCGGAGGAGGAAGGUGAUUCAGGGACUGAGAAGACAUUGAAACGACCGCGUUUAGUGUGGACGCCUCAGCUACACAAGAGAUUCGUUGACGUUGUUGAUCACUUAGGGAUUAAAUCCGCGGUUCCGAAGACGAUUAUGCAGCUGAUGAACGUUGAAGGGCUUAGCCGUGAGAACGUCGCGUCUCAUUUGCAAAAGUACAGGCUUUAUUUGAAACGGGUUCAAGGUUUGACGACGGAGGAUGGUCCGUAUUCGUCUGAUCAGCUCUUCUCUUCGACGCCGGUGCCUCCACAGAGCUUUCAAGACGGCGGAGGAAGUAACGGAGCCACCGGGAAAUUAGGAGUUCCUUCGAUGAUCCCGAUGCCAGUUUAUGGGAAUCACGUUGGUAUGAUGCAAGGACAAUAUCAUCAGUAUCGUGACCAUGGAAAAUAUCAUCAGUAUCGUGACCAUGGAAAUGAAUCAAACCAGUAUAUGAUGCAGCAGCAGAAUAGGUUUGGAACCAUGGUUACCUCUCCUUCUGUUGGUGGUGGUGGUGACGUGAAUGACAAGUAAUUAGGUGAGCUUGUUUUCGUACUGCUUCUUUUUUUAAGUAAAGUUAGAAUUUUUACACUAUUUGAGGACUGUGUUAUAUAACCUCUGUCUAUAAUGGCUAUUGUGCCCUUGUUCCUUAAUUUGAUGAUUAAAUCCUAAUUUCAAAGGUUGUUUCUCGA